CACCACAGAAGAAGCAGUGCAGCCAGCACAGACCACUCUUCCUCCUCAUUCACGUCCUCAGUUUUUCUGCUGAGCUUCAAACUUCCAACUUCACGUGUGAAUAUCAACGAUAUUAAAAAGCUUCUCCGGCGUCAGGAGGGAACAGAACCAUUUGGGCGGACAUGCCCGACUCGAGAGAGACUGGCUCGAGGGUUUCGGACCCGCAGCAUUCCCAGAAGCUGCUCCGAGUCCUGCGCGCCUUCUGGCAGGAGAAGAGCUUCCACGAUGCUCUGCUGGUGGUCAAUGGAGAGGAGCUUCCUGUCCAGAAGAACAUCCUGGCGGCUGCUAGUCCCUACAUCAGGACCAAGCUGAACUACAACCCCCCGAAGGAGGACGGGUCCACGUACAGAAUCGAGCUGCAGGGAGUCUCCAUGGCCACGAUGAAACAGAUCCUCGACUACAUCUUCUGUGGUGAAAUCCGUCUGAGUGAAGAGACCAUCCAGGACAUGGUGCAGGCGUCCGACCUGCUCCUCAUGACCGACCUCAAGUCGCUGUGCUGUCAGUUCCUAGAGAGCUGCAUCACCGCCGAGAACUGCAUCGGCAUCCGGCUCUUCUCUCUGCACUACUGCCUCUACCACGUCCACUACGCCGCCACCGAGUUCCUGCAGACGCACUUCCGAGACGUGGGGCUCACCGAGGAGUUCAGGGAGCUGCCCCGGGACCGGCUCUGCGAGGUGCUCGCCAUGGAGAAGCUGAACGUGGGCAACGAGAGGCACGUGCUGGAGGCUGUGGUGCGGUGGCUCGCCCACGACCCCGAGGACCGCAGGGUUCACAUGAAGGAGGUGAUGUCUUCAGUCUGGCUGCAGGCUCUGGACCUGAGCUACCUGAGAGAGCAGGCCAUGGGGGAGCCUCUGAUGAGGGAGGUGAUCAGGGAGCACUGUCAGCCCGUGCUGGGGGACGCCGCGCUGCAGGGCGAGGCUAUGCUUGCCGCCUUCAAACCCAGAGGCUACUCUGAGUGCAUCGUGCUCGCCGGAGGGGAAGAUCGCAAAAGCAGGAAGACGACGGCUGCGACGCGCUGCAUGUGUCCGCUGUACGACACCAACAGGCAGGCCUGGAUCGAGCUGCAGGCGAUGAGCGUCGCCCGCAUCGGCCACGGGGUGGUGGCUGCAGAGGGUUUUUUGUUUGUGAUGGGCGGAGCAGAUGAGAACAACACAGUCCUGGACAGUGGAGAGAAAUAUGACCCCGACUCCAACACCUGGAGCCCCAUACCCCCGAUGCUUCAGGCUCGUCAGAACUUUGGCGUGGUGGAGCUGGACGGGCUGAUCUACGUCCUGGGAGGAGAGACCAAGGAAACGGAGCUGAUCACUGUCGAAGCGUUCGACCCUCACAUCAAUACGUGGAAGCUGCAGACCAGUAUGACCAUGAUCCGCAAGGUCGGCUGCUACGCCUCCAUGAAUAAGAAGAUCUACGCCAUGGGGGGGGGCUCCUACGGGAAGCUGUUUGACUCUGUGGAAAGUUUCGACACCAAAACUCAGCAGUGGACCGGCCUCUGUCCUCUGAAGGAGAGAAGGUUUGGUUCGGUGGCGUGUGGCGUCGGCCAGGAGCUCUACGUGUUCGGUGGCGUGCGGAGCCAAGAGCCUGACAACCCCGAGCAGAGGCAGAUGACGACCUGCAAGUCUGAGUUCUACCACGACGAGAUGAGAAGGUGGAUGUUACUGGACGACCAGAGUCUGUGUAUCCAGACCAGCUCGUCCUUCGUCUACGGGGCUGUGCCCAUCGGCGCCAGCGUCUACGUGGUGGGAGACCUGGACACGGGCACGAGCUUCGACUACAUCCGCGAGUUCCGCCGCAGCACCGGCACGUGGCACCGCACCAAGCCCAUGUUACCCAGCGACCUCUCCAAGACGGCCUGCGCUGCCCUGCGCAUCGCCAACUGCCGCCUGUUCCGCCUGCAGCUGAGCCAGGGCAUGUUCCGCCUCUGAGCCGGACGCCCGGACGCCGGCUCCACGCUCCUCUACUUUGCAAACUGGUACUUUCUCCUGGCUGUAAUAGAAGUAUGAACACUAAAGUAUUGUAAUCACUACAUGCUGACGGU